UGGCGAAAAAAAUGUGGUUAUUUUUUUUUAGUUAUUUUUUUGGAAAUGCAUUAAUUUUAGCCGAAGUGGUCACAUUAAUUAAAGACAAUAGUAUUACUUGUGUUUUAACAGAAGAUUCCGUUAAUUCAACUAUAUACCUAAGAAAUAUAAAUUCCCGUGUAAAACUUGAACGAACGACUCAACAAAUAACCAAUAUAUAUGACGAUGAUUGGCAAUGGACAAAUUCGAGUGUUGACUUUAGGCCAGUACUUGACCAACGGUGGACAAAUUUUAGUGCAGACACUAAAGUUACAGACCGAUUCUCAUUGUGUUUAAAACAAGAUUCGACAAUUAUUUUACAUGACAUGACUUACCAACAUUUUACAAACAUACCAAUACGAAAUUUGCAUGGCCUCUUCACCGCUUGUCAGUGGGAGCACUACGAAAUAAAAAAAAAUAGUACACAUGUGAGUUUAGUCAACUCUGAAAACAAGAAUGUUGUUAAUGUAACAAAACUGGACUUUGAACCGGGUUGGUUAACAGUGUCUCCAAACAAUUUAAAUAUCAAAGUACAUCGAUAUCAAUUUCGAUCCUCUAAAACACCUAGCACAAAACCAUCAUACAUUAACAUAACAUCUAUGAGCUGCGUCUCUUUUUAUGUUUCUGUUGAUGAAGGAUGUUAUCUGAACAUUUCGGUACAACCAGGAAAUAGCAUUAUAAACAUAGGUGCAACUAACGAGAAGAACAAAUUAAAAGAAUGGAAAAAAUACGAAAUAAGGACUGAUCCUAAAGCGAUUAAUCAAACGCUUUCGAUUGACAGAGGACGAGACGACAAUGGUACCAAGGGUUAUUGGGCAAUUGAUGAUAUACACAGUUGUAGUUCCGAAACAGUUAUUUAUCGAACCAGAUUGGAUCCGUCCUUGACUAACCUGACGUGUGCGGAACUAAAACCAACGAACUCUUCAAAUGCACCUUGCGACAAAGCCUCUCUAGGAGAAAAAUGUAACAUUAAAUGCGAUGAAGUUUUGGGACCGAAAUAUCCCAAUUGUGAACAACAUCGAAUAUGUUCGUCAGAAAAUAAAUGUCACUGUGCUUGGGGUUUCAAGGGAGAAAACUGUAGAGAAGAAUGUGAAGAAGAUUUUUGGGGAUUAGAUUGUUCGAAAAAUUGUACUAACUGCGAAAAAUGUGAUAGCAAAAUCGGCUGUGUAAAAUGUAGGACACCGUACUUCGGACAACGAUGUGUAUAUAAACUCCCCGUGGCCAAAAAGCCACCUGUUGUACAAUCAAUUGACGACGAUUCGGUACAACUUUUAGUAAACUUUGAACAUGGAGAAAACGAAACGGAACCCGAAUUUUAUUAUGUUCAGUGGAAAAAUGGCCAGCUUGACAGCAACCAUGGGUUCAGAAAUUACAUAGACCAUCCGUUCCCUAUUAAGGAAAAUAAUAUAUCGUAUUCAAUAAACAUUUCACGGAAUUAUUCCUACCGAUUUAGAAUAAUAUUGGUCAGCCAUAAUUUGUCUUCUGAACAAGACAACAUCCCGGAAUUGAUCAUACACAGAAAAUCCUUGACUGCACAUAUAAAUGACAAUAAUACGAUCGUAUUAAAUUGGACUAAACCUGAUAACCGUGAAAUUGAUAGUUAUAAAAUAACACACAAGUGUCAAAAAUCACUAUGUUCUCCCAAAUCACAGGAAAACUCUGACACCACAAACACAACAACAGUCGAACUGACCCUAAAAGACGUUCAAAUAUGCACCAUCAAGUUAUUCAUUACAACAAAUGGAAACGACGAACUCAUAGACCAAACAACUGUGAAGUUUCCAAAUUCAGCGAACGAAAUAUGCAACAGUUUCACCGGACUGUUGACUUAUUCAACCGAACUUAUCAUUCUAAUACUAAUAUUAAGUUUAAUAUUUGUUGCUUUAAUGAUAAUUUAUUACAAGUGCAAAUUUAAAUCUAAAGUUAGAGCUACAAACAUUAUGGAGCUUUUAGAAAAACAAACACUAAUCGACAAAAGUAACCAAAAUGAGGUUUCUUUAGGAUCUGUGGAAAUUAAUGAAUUCUCAAAUUACCUCUUCUCCUCAUUACGACAAAAUACGGAUCAUGAAUUGAUAAGACAGUUUCAGGAGGCAUCAACAACAAGAGACAUGGAUUGCAUUCAUGGCCAGUUAAGCGAAAACGUCAAUAAAAAUCACUUCAAAAAUAUCUUACCAUAUGACGACACCAGAGUGAUUUUGAAUGAUAGCGAAGACGGGGACUACAUAAACGCAAACUACGUUGACGGCUACAAAUCACCGAAAGCGUACAUCGCCACCCAAACUCCUUUAGCAUGCACCGUGCACGACUUUUGGUCCAUGGUAUACCAACAAAAGGUAAAAAUCAUAGUCAUGUUGUGCACUCUAGAUGAGCAAAAGUGCACUAAAUGCCAAAAGUACUGGCCGGACGAUUCUUCCCACUUCAGACAUGGAAUGUUCUUGAUAGAGAGUGUUUCCGUUACUCAAAAAUCGAAUUAUAUCCAUCGCAUAUUUUACUUGAAGUGGAACAACAAGACUCGUACAGUUCACCAGUUUCAGUACUUAUCCUGGGCUAUGAAAGGCGUACCGGCGUCUGUUAAAAGUUUUACUGGCUUUGUAAAACAACUAAUCGAAGUGAGUGAUAAAAAAUAUCCUGUUGUCGUCCACAGCGAAGGAGGAUGUGGAAGAACAGGAGUAUACAUUUUGUGCGACAUCGUCAUACGAAUGAGCAUUGAAGAAAAGGAAGUCGAUUUUCUUAAAACACUAAAGAAAAUACGAAGUCAAAGAAAGGAUUUAGUGAGCAAUUUGGGUCAGUACAUUUUCUGUCAUUUCGUGCUUUUGGAGUACCACUUUGGGGAUAACUUAUCGAAAAACUUGGUGUUGCAAAUUGAACAAGCUAUGGAAGAAACUGCCAUCAAACGAUUCGUCGAUCGCUUAGAUGAAGCUACAAAGCAGUGCCGUUCGACAAUUUGCCAAAAUGACAACAUCAGAGCUAUCGCCGCGGACUGCUUUAAUUAUCCCAGAAAAUUCAUCGUAACACAAGAACCUUCAUCAGAUACCCUACACAGUUUUUGGAAUCUAGUCAUAACCAAAGAAGUCGAGAUAGUACUGUGGUUAAAUCGACCACAAGACAACGACGAGAACUACUCAAGUUUCUGGCCUAACGACUCCCUCCAAAACUGGUCUGUUAACGAAUCAAACAAACUCGUUUUCCUUUAUGAAGAUAACGGUGACAUAUACAGCACAAUUGCUGUCAAAAUCGCCACCAUUGGUAAUUCUGGAGAAAAAUUCGUUAAAAUUAUAUACCUUAAAACUUGGGAACGUACAAGCGCUACGCCUUCCAACCCUAAAGACAUAAUCCAGGUUUACGACGAAAUUUUGUCGCACAAUGGGCGGAUUGUUGUCGCGUGCCACGAUGGGACAACAGCCGGUGGGCUUUUUGUAGCCUUGGUCUAUUUAUUCGAAAAAAUGAAUACGCACCGUUCUUGCGACGUUUUUGAAGCCGCUUACACAACUAAACAAAGCUGUGUACGAUUUUUAAAGAAAUCGGAACAAAUUAGGUUUCUGUAUGAAGCAGCUUUGGAAUAUGCUCGAGAAGUUAAUAUUUAUGAAGUGGUGGGUUAAAUAAAUUAAGCUGAUGUUUAACUCAUUUACUCUUAUACGCUUGUAUGGUAUAAAUAAUAACAAAGACUAUAGUGAUUCA